AUGGCCGAGUCCCCCGAGGAGGUGGCGGUGCUGGUGCAGCGCGUGGUGAAGGACAUCCGCAACGCCUUCAAGCGCAACCCGCACAUAGAUGAAAUUGGAUUAAUACCCUGCCCAGAAGCCAGGUAUAACCGGAGCCCCAUAGUCCUAGUGGAAAACAAGCUUGGUGUGGAGAGCUGGUGUGUCAAGUUCCUUUUGCCGUAUGUCCACAAUAAGCUUCUCCUCUACAGACAAAGAAAACAGUGGCUGAACAAGGAUGAACUGAUAGAUAUCACCUGUACUCUGCUGCUACUGAACCCAGAUUUCACCACUGCUUGGAAUGUAAGGAAAGAAUUAAUGCUAUCUGGCACUUUAAAUCCACUUAAGGAUUUGCAUCUUGGAAAACUGGCAUUAACCAAAUUUCCAAAGAGCCCAGAAACAUGGAUUCAUAGACGAUGGGUGCUGCRACAACUAAUUCAGGAAAACUCCUUGCCCACUCUUGUGACUAAAGGAAAUUUGGGAGCAGCACCUAUGGARAGAGUUCACCAACUAGUGCAGGAAGAAAUGGAUGUGUGCUCUGAAGCUGCGGGGAGAUAUCCAAGCAACUACAAUGCCUGGUCCCAUCGCAUCUGGGUUUUGCAGCACUUGGGAAAGCUGACUGUCAAGGUUCUUCUUGAUGAACUUUCUUCCACUAAAUGUUGGGUGUCCACACAUGUUUCAGACCAUAGCGGAUUUCAUUACCGCCAGUUCUUACUGAAGUCCUUGAUAGGCAAAAUUGUGCCUGACAACAAUAUACAAGUUCAAAAAGAAAUGGUAAAUGAGCAAAACCCUGUCCUUCCAAAGGAGGAGGAGAGUGAGGUGGCAGAGGCUGCCUGUGCAGAAGAACAGAGCAUUGAUCUUCCCCAUCAUCUAAAGGAAGAGUUAGAACUCUGCACCGAUUUGAUUGAUGCCUACCCAGGACAUGAAACUUUGUGGUGUCAUAGAAGGCGUGUGUUCUACCUUCAACACCAGCUAAGCAACAAAAUUCCUCUUCUAAAUGUGGUGUUGUCAUCUGUGGACAGCAGUGAUGAAACUUUGAAUAGUUCACAAGCCAGUCCUGCGACCAGUCACAUAACACAAGCUAUGGAUGUUGAUGGUUUGAAUGAAUCCAGCAGCAAGCAAGGUUAUACCCAGGAAAUAAAACGUCUGAAACGUGCCCCUUUGCAGGACUGUCUUGGCCCAGAAAUGGAAUACAGGUUCAUUGACAGAAUUGUCUCAACUUGCAGAGACAUGGAACAAGUCAGAUUUGCCACUGCAUAUCGAAAAUGUUUUGGUAUAAAUAAUUUGACCUAAAAAAAGAAGAGCCUGAAAUGCUUUUGAAAAAGAUGGAGUACCUGGAAGAGAAACAAGAAGAUCUGUCAGUAUCAGCUUAACCUUAACCUGUUUCCAAUUUGUUCCUCUUUAUUAGAGUAGAUAUUACAAGUAUCUUACAAAAGCUUACUGAGUUCAGGCUUUAUUCAGUGAGGACUGUUUCCUUUUGUCUUCAUUAUCUUUUGCAAAAGACCAGACUUCAGUGUUUCCUCUUCCAGUUUCCAUUAACAGUUUUGGAGUCAUAACUGAGGACGUAAGUCUAUGAAGUUAAAAUUCUGGAAAGCAGGUGCAGGAAAAUGAACAAAUUUGUUUCUCACACAUAUGUGCACGCAUUCACAGUCAGAACUGUAUUGGAAACAUGUUUCUUUGAACAGACAUCUUYACAUUCAUUUCAUACUUUGUAUUUAUUUAUAUUACCUCAACAAUCCAGAGUUAAUGACACUUGAUACUCAUUUCUGAAUGUAUUGUGUACACUACACAAUCACAGCCUGCUAAAUCACAUAGUUGUAAGUUGUACAUGAACCAAGCCUGUGCAAGUCCAGUAGGUGAUGAGGCAAAAAGUAAUUCUGUUAAUUGAUAAUAAAAUUAUACAUUAAAAAAAAUAAAAAAAGUAGGAGGGAGUUUUGUCUUCCCUUUUGUUUUCYUGCAGGACUUCAGGUUUUUUUUGGGUGGGGGAGAUUGGAGGCAACAAGGUUGGUUCUUCUUGCAGACAGCUCUUCUUCUCCAACCGUACGCCUCUGUUUACAUAACAGUAAAUGUUAAGGGAAUCUGCCACAAAUUUCUAUUCCAGUGGAAUUAAACAUAAAUGGAUUAUUUUGUAAUUUCCAUAGAACUUACCUAUUUAAGGGACUUUUACAGUAACAAAAUUGCCAUGAUCCAAAGACUAAGUGCAGAAAUAUUGUACAACUACAGAAGUUUGUGCAAUGCUAUCAUUACUUCUGUUCUAAACAGAGACUACUUGUUAAGGGGAUUAGACAUUCAAGCUAAAGCCUUUGAGAAAAUGCUGUAUGAUUCUCCUGCCCAAAGUGCCUCUUGACUAUAAGUUUCAAGCUGUUUUUCUGUUGGGCAGAGAGCAACAAUGAGGGAGAAACAGAGGAAGCCCACUCCAAAAGUUACUACUUGAGAAGAAGAGUGCUUGAAAUAUGUGAAAUUCCAGUAAUUCUAAAUAAAUUGGUGGAUAGGGGUUACUCUUUCCAUUUCAAAAUGAAAGUGGACUACCUCUGGUCUUACUAUGUUCAUAAACUCAUUUCAGCCGCAGAACAGAGACAUUUGUACGCUCCAGUGUUUACAGUUUCUAGGUAAGAUGCAAGCAUCUUCAUGGCAAAGCUUUGCCUGUAUGAGCAUCUGUACUUGCCACUUUAUAGUUGGGGAUAUACAUGGCUGUUCAGAUGCUCUGGGAUACUUCCUUCAAUUAUYGUUUUAUUAAUUACUGAAUAAUGUAAUCAUGUGGGAAGGAUGUUGGAAUGAGGGGAUUAUGAAGCUGUAUGAUGUCUCUAUGAACGUUGAAAAAUGAGCAGGAACUUUUAUCCAUGCUCAACUGCAGGCUUUUCCUCCGUGUACAAAAGACCCGUUAAAACAAAUGUAAUGUCCUGUGUCGACCCGGGGAUAGAUACCCAGUUAAUGGCUGUGUGUGCCAGGAAAGUGUGAAGCCAGGUGACAUUCUUUGUUGCAAAUCAUGUUCUUGGUCUGAGGUUACUUAGUAACUUAGUUGAUUUGUCCGUUUAGUUUUGCAAACCUACGUGUUCAUUGGAGAAGUAUUAGAGGAAGGAACAGACUGGGAAAUGGGGACAGGACAAGAAAUGCUCUCUUCCUGUUGCACUAGAGUAACUGAUUUUUUUGAGGAAACUUGCAAGAGUUAUGACAGAAUCUGACUUGAAAUCCAUUAUAUAUUUUCUCUAGACUAUAAUCUAGAGCCUUAGUUGACUUUCCUAGAGCUGUAUCGAGGAAAUACUAUGCUGUCAAACUUGACAAUCCUUCCAUCAUAAACACUUAAUAUUAAGCCGCUGUCCUCAAAUACAUGUUUUCAGCCUCUAUUGAUUGUCAGCAGGGGUUAUACCUGCUUGUGUGAAUAUAU